AGUUACGCAAACCGCGUACCGUACCUAUUGGACUUCACCGCACGAACACCCACCGUGCACGAAGUCAACCAUGGCUAUUGUCGCUUCCAUGAUCAAGCUCUUCGCCCUCUUGGCACCUGUCAGAGGGCUUGUCCGAGAAGGAACUGUUCAGGCUGGACCUGUGGCCACCAUCCCUCUGGAUAAGCAGUAUGUCCCAGUGGUCCGAAACAACAAGAUUGUGUCCUACAAGACGGCCUACUUUGGCAAGAUCCACAUUGGCAACCCAAGGCAGCAGUCCUUCACCGUUGUUUUUGACACUGGUAGCGCGCACCUCUUCGUUCCCUCCGCGACCUGCCGCUCGGAAACCUGUGCUCGGCACCAUCGCUUCUUCCGCAAUGCGUCCGACUCCGCAGUGGACUUGGACCACGACGGGAACCCGGUCAAGAAGAACGCGACCCGCCGGGACCAGGUGAACAUCGCCUUCGGCACGGGCGAGGUGACCGGGGAGUUUGUGCGGGACACGGUGUGCCUUUCCCCCAACACCGCCUCUCGGAAGGAUUGCACCGAGCUCCGGGUGAUCUUGGCCAGUGAGAUGACCCAGGAGCCCUUCAUGACCUUCGAGUUCGACGGCGUCUUGGGCCUGGGCCUCGCGUCCCUGGCCGUGGACCCCGAGUUCAGCUUCUUUGGCCAGAUGUCCAAGAUGAACGGCCUCACGGAGCAGACCUUCGGCUACUUCCUGUCGCGAAGCGACAAGGUGCCGAGUGAGAUCUCCUUUGGAGGCCAUGACAAGAGACGCCUGGCCACGCCUCUGGAGUGGGUGCCUGUCCACAAGCCUGAGCUGGGAUACUGGCAGCUCAAGCUGCUCGGGGUGGUGGUCGCCGGGGAGCGCCUGCCGAUCUGCGAGGAGGGCGGCUGCGUGGCGAUCGCCGACACGGGCACCUCUCUGCUUGGCGCCCCACGGGCAGUCACGCAGCGCAUGCACUGGCUGCUGGCACGGAAGGUGCCGGAGAACCCAGCGGAGAUCGACUGCCGCACCUUCCCCGGCCCGGAGCUGGUCUUCGAGUUGGAGGGCGGGGUCAAUGUGACCAUCGGGGCGGAGGACUACUCCCGUGCGACUGGCAUGCGGGUGCUGAACAACAAGACCAACUCCUCUCAGCUGAUCUGCCGGGCCUCUCUGCUGCCUGUGGACGACGGCGAGGUGCUGGGCCCAAAGGCUUUCAUCCUGGGGGAACCCGCACUGCGGAAGUACUACACGGCCUACGACUGGAAGCGUCAGCGCAUCGGCUUUGGCCUUUCGGCGCUGGUCUUAGACUUGGAGCAACCGAGACGCCGCAAGACGUGGCUUGGGUGAGGAUAUCGCAUGGAGUCCGUGUUUUGAUCACUCCCCAGAUCCAGCCCAAGCCAGAAGAUUUUGAUGGUGUGGAGCCCGUGCACACCAUCUACGGUGCACCACCAUCAGGACCACCUCUGCCAACAGAGGUGGUGGUGUGAGGCCUCUUUGGCCGCGGAAAUCAGCGCCGAGGGGGCGAGGAGCAAA